AUGAAACUUUUCUUAAUCUUUGCUUUGAUCAACAGUGUGUUGGCCUCACUACACUUUUAUCUAGAGCCGAAGGAAUCUCAGUGUUUUCUGAAGCAACUCCCGAAAGACUCUAUCUUAUUUGUUCAGUACCAGAUCGAAGCCUCGAAAGAUCGGGGAGCUAGCUAUCAGACAGACACGGAGGCAAAUCUAAACGUGAUCUUUUCAGUGGAAGAAAUCUUUGAUAACAAUCAUAAAGUUUCGAAUCAACACGGUCAGAACGGACGGUUUAUUUUUACAGCUUUGGAUUCCGGUGAACAUCGUAUAUGCUUAACUCCAACCACCACAGGAGGCUAUCAACUUCCGGUCAAAUCAAAACUUACAAUUGACCUUGAGACAGGAGAUAAGAGCAUUUUAGAAGGGCCCGGUGACAAUGAAAGGCUAAGAAAGGAUCUCCAGUUGAGGAAACUUUAUCGGAAUCUUAACUUCGUCAAGAUGCAGUACCUCAUGUUUAGAGACAGAGAGGCUCGAUUCAGAGACUUGAGUGAGAUUGUCAACUCUAGUGCCAUCAGAUGGAUUUUCCUUCAAUUUAUAGUUCUAGGCCUCAUCUGUUACUUCCAGCUCCGCUCUCUAAAGACUUUCUUUAUCAAGGAAAAGGUAUUCUGA